AUGGAAAAUAAAGAAAUUCUCAAGGAGGACGAGUUCUUGGCUAGCACUGGAGAAAGAGAAACUAUCAACCAAACCAUGUUCCCUGCAAUGGAGACCUUUGAAAUCAACGAUCCGAAGUCCAGGAAGAGAAAGGCAGUUAACUGCUUCACGGUCAUGGUGGCCAUCUACCUGGUUCUCCUCACCGCAGGUGCCGGGCUGCUGGUGGUAAAAGUUCUGAAUCUUCAGGAGCGGCUCUGGGCCCUGGAGAUGAACUUCACCAAUGGAACUCUGGCCACCGAGGACAGCCCGUCCUUCUCUCUGCUCCAGUCAAUGUCCAUCCCGCACCUCCCUGGGGGCACGCUGGGGCUACAAGUCUUACAGGCCCAGAUCACCCAGGUCCGCACCAGGCAGGAGCAUCUGCUGCGGAAGGUGGACAACUUCACUCGAAACCCAGAGCUGUUCGGGAUCAAAGGGGACCGAGGCGCUCCAGGCCUCCCGGGACUCCAAGGUCCACCUGGAAUCAAGGGAGAGGCAGGCCUCCAAGGACCCAGCGGCGCUCCAGGGAAACAAGGAGCCCCUGGCACCCCAGGACGGCAAGGAGAGAAGGGCAGCAAAGGUGAUGGGGGACUCGUUGGCCUGAAAGGCGAACCUGGGGCUAAAGGAGACAAAGGAGACCUGGGCCUCCCAGGAAGUAAGGGAGACAUGGGCAUGAAAGGAGAUACAGGGGUCAUGGGGCCCCCCGGAGCCCAGGGGAGCAAAGGUGACUCAGGGAAGCCAGGCCCCCCAGGUGUGGCUGGAUCUCCUGGAAUGAAAGGAGACCAAGGACAACCUGGAGCGCAGGGUCUUCCCGGCUCUCCGGGCGCAGCGGGAUCCCCAGGUGCCAAGGGUGAGCCCGGCAGCGCUGGCCCCCCCGGGCUGACAGGACCACCAGGGAUACCCGGGAUGCCAGGAGCCGACGGCAUGAAGGGAAGCAAGGGGGACUCAGGACUUCAAGGACAGAAAGGAACAAAAGGAGAAUCAGGAUUUCCAGGCCCUGCAGGCAUGAAGGGAAGCCAGGGAAGCCCAGGCCUGGCAGGCCUCAAGGGUGCACCGGGACUAAAAGGCCAAAAGGGAGAGCCAGGAGUGAAAGGUCAGGCCUCGGUCUCUGAUUUGUGGGUUCUGAGGAGAGUCCCUGUUGUCAGGGGUUUGGGAGUUUCCAGAACCAGAGGUGAAUCCCUGGUGUCCGUCAGGAUUAUCGGCACUAGCAGCCGAGGCCGGGCUGAAGUUUACUAUAACGGCAUCUGGGGGACAAUUUGUGACGACGACUGGGACCAUUCAGAUGCCACUGUCUUCUGCCGCAUGCUGGGCUACUCCAGGGGAAGGGCCCUUGUCAAUGUGACACCUGGCACUGGGCAGAUCUGGCUGGAUAACGUUGCAUGUCAAGGGACAGAAGGGACCCUGUGGAAUUGCAACAAGAAUAGCUGGGGCUCUCACAACUGCAACCACAAUGAGGAUGCAGGCGUGGAAUGCAGCUGA